AUCCCCUUUAAGACGUAGCUUUACUACAGGCUAACACUUUGAGCCUUGUUAUUCAUGACCAGUGCAUGUGAGAGGGGUGUCUUGUGCUGCUUGUAUCGCUCCAGCGUUUAGAAAAGGGAAAAGUCUCCAAUGAGAGAGUCCUAGCGCUGAUCUUUGUGGGUGUUAUUUGCCAUGGCUCAGUUUGGUUGACUGUCCGAUAUGCUGGAUACUGUUUGCUUCCCUGUUCCCCUGCCUGGUGAGCAGGGGAAAAAGAAUUCUUUGUUUUCCUCCUUGACUGCAAAGGCUGAUGAAUGUUGAGGAAAAGGGGGUGGGGUGUGUAUGUGUGUGUGUGUGCGUGAGAAGAGUGGAGAAAAAUAACCCAGUUUCUUUACUCUUCCUUUGGCUCUCUGCUGAUGGAGGCAAAGAGAGGAUACUGGCUCCUCUGCAUAUGUUUUAGGUUCUGCAAACUGUUCUUGGAGAACUGAAGCUCCUCAUUGCAGCUUUGCUGAGCAGCUGCGUGGCAAAAUCUGCUCAAUUCUCAGUCGUCGAAUGCUGAACAAAAUCAGUACAUGUCCAUUUGCUUGCAGCUUGAGAAAGCUCUGAGUGAGAGAGUCACAUGAGCCAUCUGUUUGCACACUUACCAACCCAAGAUUGCAUCAGUUUACAUCGGACUACAGACUGGACUUCAUGUUUGUGUGCACUUUUUUUAACUGCAUGCUUUUUUACUGAAGCAUUACCUGCUUCUGACACUGGGUCAUUCGCUGGCUUUGCUUGAGCCUUUACCACUUGUUUGUUUUUUGAAAGAGCUCAUGGUCUCACAAGUCUCCUAGAAAUGCUGACUUUGAGAAUUAUUUUUAUCCUUCUAAAUAAUCUUUACUUUUUUUUUAAUCAUAGCUUUUACUAGAUUAAGAAAUGUGAAACUUUUACAACAGCAUCUUUGAUCUAAGCUUCCUGCUGUUAUUUACGUUUCUGUUCCAUUUUGAAAAUAUUAUCUAAUACAUAAUAGGUGUCUCUUUAAAACUGAGCUGCUUAGGUUACAAGGCAACUGCUAUUUCUUAGAUAAUACGAAGCAGUGCUGCUUUAUUGUGUGUCUUUGUGCAUUUUAAUUUUAUUACUGUUAUUAAGCUAAUAACUAUUCUUUUUGAUAUUAUGUAAUCUUCUGGUGUAUAAUUUCUAGCUGCAAAAAAAAAAAAAAAGAAUUGUUUUUCCAGGCUACUGUGACAAACAAUCUCACAGAAACAGUUGUAUAUCGUAUUUACAAAUUUAAUUAGUGUAGCGCUUAUCUACAAGCCUGUUUUGCUAAAAUUUGAUUUCAUAACUGCAGAAAAGCUGCAAGGUAUAGGUGUGACAGGCUUGUAGUUUAGUGUGACAGUGAAAAUAUUGGUUUUUUUAGUGUUCUGCUAGAAUUGCAUUAAAGCAGUACCUACGGUGAGAUUGGGGUGGGUAUGUGAUAUAUGGAGAGAGAUAUGGAGUUUUCUCACUUUGGUACUGUAGAUAAUGUCUAAAAGGUGUUUUGGAACAUGAUGUACAGUCUGAGUUUGAGAGGUGUAGCUGGUAACUAAAAAUUUGAAGGCCUGAAUUGUUACCUCAAGAAAAGUGAAUGCCGUUGGCUCAGGCUGUAGCAAUCCUUCAGAAACACUGUCGCAUUGUCAAAAACGUCCAGGUUCUCUACAGUGAGCAGUCACCUCUUAGCCAUGACCUCAUCCUUAACCUGACUCAGGAUGGAAUCAAACUGCUGUUUGAUGCUUUCAAUCAGAGACUUAAGGUGAUUGAAGUUUAUGACUUGACUAAGGUGAAGUUAAAAUAUUGUGGUGUCCAUUUUAACUCUCAGGCAAUUGCUCCAACCAUAGAACAAAUUGAUCAGUCGUUUGGAGCAACACAUCCAGGAGUGUAUAAUUCAGCUGAGCAGCUCUUUCACCUCAAUUUCAGAGGACUCUCAUUUUCUUUUCAGUUAGACUCCUGGACUGAAACUCCGAAGUACGAGCCUAACUUUGCCCAUGGUCUGGCCUCUCUGCAAAUUCCACAUGGUGCGACUGUGAAACGCAUGUACAUCUAUAGUGGAAACAGUCUGCAGGAUACCAAGGCUCCCUUGAUGCCUCUCAGCUGUUUCCUUGGUAAUGUGUAUGCUGAGAACGUUGAUGUUCUGAGAGAUGGAACUGGACCCUCAGGUUUACGGCUUCGCCUACUCACUGCAGGCUGUGGCCCGGGUGUUUUAGCUGAUGCCAAGAUGCGGGUAUUUGAGCGUUGUGUAUACUUCGGUGAUUCAUGCCAGGACGUGCUGAGCACCUUGGGGUCUCCCCACAAAGUCUUCUACAAGUCUGAAGAUAAGAUGAAAAUCCACUCACCCUCGCCCCAUAAGCAGGUCCCAUCAAAGUGCAAUGACUACUUCUUCAAUUAUUUCACACUUGGACUGGAUAUUCUCUUUGAUGCAAACACUCACAAGGUGAAGAAAUUUGUCCUGCAUACAAAUUAUCCUGGUCAUUACAACUUUAACAUUUACCAUCGCUGUGAAUUCAAGAUUCCACUAGUCAUUAAGCGAGAUAGUGCUGAUUCACAGACAGAAAUAUGUACGACAUACAGCAAGUGGGACAGUAUUCAGGAUCUUCUGGGGCACCCUGUAGAGAAGCCAGUGGUACUUCACAGGUCGUCAUCUCCGAACAACACUAACCCAUUUGGGUCAACCUUUUGCUUUGGACUGCAACGGAUGAUCUUUGAGGUGAUGCAGAAUAAUCACAUAGCUUCUGUUACUCUGUAUGGCCCAACGAGGCCCAGCAGCCAGUUGAGAACAUCGGACCUUCCCCAGUGAGCAUCCCCUGCAAAGUCGGCUAAUCUCAAUGCUACGAAAUUAGUACAGCGUGCCUUGAUUUGCUGCCACUUAUAAUAUGGAAAGCACGUUAUGAUUUAGUUUUUUUCAAUAAGCCUUUCCACCUAGGAACAGUGUGGAGGGGAAAUUUUCUCAACCCUUCAUCAUGGGGCAUGGAACUGUUGAUGGAGGAAAGCAGCUUAGGUGCCUGUGCCGUCGUUUAUUCCUCUCUGUUGCCCUCAUCCUAUGCAGCACAGACCUGAAGAGACUGUCCCCCCUUCUCAGCUAGCAGAAAGGGGAAAUGGAAGAGGGGCACGUAAUGACUGCGAGAGUUAGAAGCACAAACUUUCUGAGCCUUGGAGCAUCUGGAAGCAGGUGUCACUCCUGUUGAAUCCCUGUUCAAUCUGUGCUGUCUCCUGUGAUCAUUGCUUGCUAAGAAAAUUCUAUGCCUCAACCUCACUUUUGUUUCCUCUCUAAUUUUAAUUUCACUUUACAUAGCCCUUCUGUAAAUUAAAUGGAAUAAUAAUGAGCAUGUACACUGAAAGAAAAAUAAAAGAGACUCUCAGUUACUGUUUUUGUGUUAAA